CAAUUGUUGAGUCCCUCAUUAUUGCAGAACAUUGUUGUUUCUUUCUCUAAAUUUACAAUUUGAAUUUUUAUAUUUAAAUUAUUAGCACUUUAAUUAAAUUAAUCAAAAAUGGAGAAGAAACAUCAGUGUGAUAAAUGUGGAAAAAAGUUUUUUAAAAAAUGGAACUUAGAAAUUCAUGUAAGGACUCAUACUGGUGAGAAACCUUUUCAUUGCGAAAUUUGUGGAAAAAAAUUUACCCAGUUAGGACAUUUAAUAUCUCACAGAAAAGUACAUUCAGAAGAAAGAAAAUUUCAAUGCAACUAUGUCGGCUGCGAUUUUAGAACUAAAUAUAAAAAUAAUUUGCUAAGACACGUAAAUGUAAUACAUUUACGAAAAAAAUCUUCUCAAAGUUCAUCGGAAGACCCGAGUGAAAGAAAAUAUCAAUGUGACACGUGCUUUAAAGACUUUCCAUGUAAAUCACAAUUACAAAGGCAUGUGAGAUCUCAUACAGGAGAACGACCAUUUCUGUGCGAGAUCUGUAAGAUGGCAUUCAAACAAAAGGCUCAUUUAAAACGGCACAUUGAAAUAAUGCAUUCGAAUGCGGUAACUGAAUCUUCGUCCCAGGAAUGUACAGAAGAAGUAAAGCUGAAAUCAAAUUUGCAGUCUUCUAGUCAAACCUUGGAUCAUCAAACAACACUGGAUCAAGAUGUAUUAAGCGCUGCCGAAAUUCUUCUCCAAAUGAGAAGGAGACUACAGACAGACGAACAAAAUACUUCGGAUUUAAAUAAAUCUUCAACGUCAAAACAAGUCAAGAACAUUGAAUAACGAAGAUUACUUCAUUUGAUUUUUAAAAAUCUUUUUUCACCUCAUUCAAAUUGUUUCUUCAAAAGCGUACAAAAUAAUC